CUGGAUGCACACUGCUACUUCAUUCAAAGAAGAAGAGAAAGACGGAAGUACAAACUAGUUGUCAUUUCGUAAGGCGCCAGAUUUUAAAAUCAUCGAGUAAUUUGGGGAUUACAUUUGCACGAUUUUAUGUGUGUUAAAUGUUGGACGUAAAAGAUAAAAUAGUAGUUUGCACAAUGUCCGAAGGAUCGAGCUAUUCUCCCAACUUCAAACGACCAUCGGAAAUUAUGCGAAUGCGAAGAAAAAGAGCCCGCAGCGAAGCUUUCGAUAGCCCAAGCAGCGACGCCAGCGGCACCGAGCAAAGCACCCCUUCCCCGUGUGUCCGUCCCUUCUCUCCUGGCCCACUUUUUUCCAGCAAUCGUGCUCGCUCCGGUGGUGGGGUGAAACGCAGGAACCCCUUCGCAAACAUUGAGAACAGACAUGGUCAGGGGAAGAAACGUCUCGUUUAUAACGACGAAGGAAAAGACGUGGACGACGACGAGGCGGGCGGCCAAAAGCGAGAAAAUAAAAAAUCAAGAGAAGAUUUCACAUCAAAAAGGAACGGUUUACCUUUCUCAGAAUUGUUGGACACGUUAGACGUUGUGUCCCGACAAGAAAACGACAAGCAGAAGUGUUCUCUCUCGGAAGAUGACUCUCUCUUCGAGGAAAGCGAGGAAGACACUAAAGCACCUCUGUUGAAGAGCCCACAGGCCAUUUCUCCUCUCUCUAUAGCAGCUGCUCUGUGCACAGAGUAUCCCUCCGACUGGAGCUUGAAGACCCGUCUUCUUUUCACGUCCUCGCUGUCACUGUCUUGGUGUGAGCAGCCGAAAGCUCAGGAGGAAGCCUUAGGGCUCAGCCAGCACUGCCGAGCACAGUUUAGCACAUUGCCCCAUAACUUGCAGGAUCCGAAGUCAUGUACAGAACUUCGCUGUGCCUUUCAGCAGAGUCUGAUCUAUUGGCAACAUCCUAGCCUGCCUUGGUUGCCUCUUUUCCCCAGGAUCAAUGCUGAGCGACGAUUUACUGGAAAAAGUGCCCCUUGGGCACAAGAUGCAGAUCUGCAGCGAGUGCUUAUGAGUGAAUGGUCAGCCAGUCUGUCGUCACUCUACAGUCUCCUAAAGGCCAAGCUGUGUCCUUACUUCUAUGUCUGCUCCUAUCAGUUCACAGUGUUGUUCCGGGCAGCUGGACUGGGAGGCUCAAGCAGCAUAAAUGCACUGGUUUCUCCCACAACCAGUGGCCUCCGGGAAGCCAUGAGGGCUGACGGUAUCGAGUUCAGGCUGCCUCUAGUGGAAGAAAGGACAAGCAGAGAGCCACAGAUUCUUGGUGACAAGGAGACGCCACAGCAGAAAGAGUCAGACCACCUCGAGGAUGAGUGCUGCUCAGAUAGCCUUGAAGCUGAGGACGAAGACGAAGGCCGCAGCAUCUCAUGGCUAAAGGAGAUGGGAGUCCAGGACAAGAUCAAGAAGCCAGACUGCAUCAGCAUCCCACUGCAUAAGGGUGGCCGAACGGUGAAUGUUGACCACAAGCCGGAAUCUGUGGUGUUUGUAGAGGGGAUGCACACGUUUACACUCAUCAACUUUCUCAUCAACUGUAAGAGUGCAGUGGCAGUGGCGGGGUCUCAGGCAGGGCUACCACCGACCAUUCUGGCCCCCGUUGCUUUUAGAGGUGCUUCGAUGCAUUCGCUUAAGGCCCGUUGUGUAAAUGUCAAGAGCCAGGUUGGUUCUGCCUACCAGAACAUUAGCAGUAUGGAGAUAACAGGACCUAUCCUGCCAACCUCUCUCCAUGCCAUCACAACAUUGCUCAGGCCCGCACAGAAAGGAAAUUUCUCAGCCACGCUUUACACGCACACGCCCACAGCCAUCCUGAAUGUUCAUAGAAACGGGCAACAGUGUACGAGUGGCUCACCAGACCUGUUGGCAUUUGGCCUUAAUCCAGCCUCCAUCCAACAGCUGAUGCAACCAUCCAGCCUGGGAAAGACAGCUCUCACACAAAUCACCAUGAAUAACUACAACUACAGUUGGAAGAAGUGAUUUGUUUGCAAUUUUUGGUUUCACGUAGGGGUUGUUUCGUAUCAUUCCUGUUUUGUUGCUCCAAACUCCAUACACAUUUGAUGUCCUUCAUAUUUAAAACUUUGGUUUUAAUUGGUGAACAUACAUUUGCCGCCUUUUUUUUUAAUGGUCAGAACUAGUUUGUGUAUGGAAAGCAAUUUAGACAAGUGGCUUAACUAUCUGAGGUUUGGUAUUCAAUUCUCAGCACCAUGCUUAAUGUGUGGAGUUAAGUUAUUCGGGGUUUUCUGCACUGAUUCAGGUUCCUUCUACAUUAAAAUGCAUGUUAGGUUCACUGAAAACGAAAACGUUAUUUUUCAGACAUCUUACACCAAGUACCAUCUUUAAAAGUAUUAAUCUAUCAAAAUACUACAACUUAAUAGGUCAUCAAAAACAGAAUGUCCUAAAAUUUUAAAACUAUAACAUUACAGCCUGAAAAUGUACAAUGCACUUAAAUAUUGGAAAGAACGUGAUUACUUAAAAUGAUUUGAUUAAAUGAAAAAGGAUUUAAAUUAAGUACUUUAGGAGUUAACCGAAACGACAGUAAUUACCUUGCAUCUGACUGCUAGAGGGCGCUCGUGUGUAAAUCGGGCAUCAAACUCAUUUUUGUCACAAGCCGCGUGGUAGUUGGUUUCCUUCGGAGGGUCGUCAUGACCGCAAACUAUGUAUCAUCGUUUCAUAUUACAACUUCAAUGAAUUUGGGAUGUUGUGUUAAAACAAUACACUGAUUCUAUAUUAUUAUUGUGCCCUGUGAUUUACUAGUAGCCAGUCCACGAUGUAGCCUGCCUCUUCGCCAAAGUCAGCUGCAUGUGUGGUUUGUGUUUUAUAUCAAUAUACGAAUGUUGCAAUGCAUUUUCUACUAGAAUUGGGGAGCCAUAAACAUCUGUUGUAGCAUCUUUAUUCUUAUGCCACUUUAAAAGCUUACAUUUAACUUUUCAAAUGACAAGCAAAUAUAUACAGUACUAUAAACUGCCAGCUAUGAUAAAUAAAUGUACACAAUUAUUUCCUUAAAGUAAUAUUUCAUGUAGCCUUUUUUAAAUUUUGCUAAGCAUUCCAUAUCUGCAGUUAUAAAAAUAUUUAAAUUUUCUUCUUACCAGUGCUGACAAGUCAUACAACUUUUCAACAUUAUUGCUGCAUUAGCACAGUAGAUUCUGGAGCUCUUAAGUAAACAUAGCAACACAUGGCUAU